CAAGUCUCGAAUUCUCAAAUCAUUACCACUUUCCAUUUAAUUAACAUUAUACUAAUUGUUAUUAUUUAUUAUAAUUACAGUCCCUUGUUUUAAUCAUCACCACUCUAAUUUAUCUAUAAAUGUAUUCGAGCUAUCAAAAUCAUACAUAACAAAAAUUCUCCAUACUAGUGAAAUUUUUGUCGCCACCGUCGCAGGUUUGUUGUGUAUUUUGGUUAGAGUGUUAAAAAACUUUCGGAUGAUGGGUUCUGGACCUUCUGGUGAGUGGCAUAUGGAGAAGAGGUCUACUUUAAAGAAUGAUUCGUUUGUAAAAGAAUACAAUCCAGUCUCUGAAACUGGAAGUCUCUCUAUCAUUGUUCUUGGUGCUUCUGGUGAUCUUGCUAAGAAGAAGACUUUUCCUGCACUUUUCCAUCUUUACCAUCAGGGAUUUCUUAAUCCAGAUGAAGUUCAUAUAUUUGGAUAUGCAAGGAGUAAGAUUUCUGAUGAGGAUCUUAGAGAUAAAAUCCGCGGAUAUCUUGUUGAUGAGAGGAAUGCAUCUGACAAAGCAGAAGCUUUGUCCAAGUUUUUAAAGCUGAUUAAGUAUGUGAGUGGACCUUAUGAUUCUGAGGAAGGGUUUAAGAGAUUAGAUGAGGCGAUUUCGGAGCACGAGAUCUCUAAAAGGACUUCUGAAGGAUCUUCUCGGAGAUUGUUUUAUCUUGCACUUCCGCCGUCUGUAUACCCUCCUGUAAGCAAGAUGAUCAAGGCAUGGUGCACUAACAAAUCUGAUCUUGGUGGAUGGACUAGGAUUGUUGUUGAGAAACCGUUUGGAAAGGAUUUGGAAUCUGCAGAGCAACUGAGUUCUCAGAUUGGAGCGCUGUUUGAUGAACCACAGAUUUAUCGUAUUGAUCACUAUCUGGGAAAAGAAUUAGUCCAAAACAUGUUGGUUCUUCGCUUUGCCAAUCGUUUGUUUUUGCCACUAUGGAACCGCGACAAUAUUGCAAACGUACAGAUCGUUUUCAGAGAAGAUUUUGGAACUGAAGGUCGUGGGGGAUAUUUUGAUGAAUACGGAAUCAUUCGUGAUAUUAUUCAAAACCACUUGCUCCAGGUUCUUUGCCUUGUCGCCAUGGAGAAACCAAUCUCUCUGAAACCCGAGCACAUCCGGGAUGAGAAAGUGAAGGUUCUUCAAUCUGUGAUUCCCAUAAAAGAUGAAGAGGUUGUUCUUGGGCAAUAUGAAGGAUAUAGAGAUGAUCCAACUGUUCCAAAUGACUCAAACACUCCAACGUUUGCCACAACAAUUCUUCGCAUAGACAACGAAAGAUGGGAAGGUGUUCCAUUUAUACUGAAGGCCGGAAAGGCAAUGAGUUCAAAGAAGGCAGAUAUUCGCAUUCAGUUUAAAGAUGUUCCUGGCGAUAUAUUCAAAUGUCAAAACCAAGGGAGGAACGAGUUUGUUAUACGCUUGCAGCCUUCAGAGGCCAUGUACAUGAAGCUAACUGUGAAGCAACCGGGUCUGGAGAUGCAAACUGUGCAGAGUGAACUAGACCUGUCGUACAAGCAGCGUUACCAAGAUGUCUCGAUUCCAGAGGCUUACGAACGCCUUAUUCUUGACACAAUCAAAGGCGACCAACAACACUUUGUUCGCAGAGACGAAUUGAAGGCAGCUUGGGAAAUCUUCACUCCAUUGCUUCACAGGAUCGACAAGGGAGAAGUAAAAUCGAUCCCAUACAAACAAGGUAGCCGUGGCCCAGCGGAAGCAGAUCAGCUACUUAAGAAAGCUGGUUAUACGCAGACCCAUGGCUACAUUUGGAUCCCUCCUACAUUGUAAAUGGUAUAAACAUAGAGAUGAUGAUGAUGAGUACACACAAAAUAAGAGGAUUUUUUUUUUUUUUUGCUUGCUGAAUAAAAAACUCUUCACCUGUUUGGAGUUUGUUAAGUGAAUCUUAUGUAUACUAGUGAUCUUCACUAGGACAUUGUUUAUGUCUUCUAGUUUUUGUUGUGCUAGUCU